GCCAAAAAUACAAAAACGUUGGAUGAUGUCCCAACUCCGUCCCCCACCACAAACAUUUUCUCGAUCUCGAACUCCAGAACCUCAUAGCCAGGGGUUUGCACGGAGGCGACCAUCUGUUGCUCCCCGGGCGAGCGUCACCAGUAAAGCUAGCAGAGAUGUAACUGUCGUGAACUUUAACGAGAAGCCUCGGGUGAAGGCUAGUAAGCGGCCGGGUGGACAAGACGUGGAAACAAAAGAUGGGAAAAAGUUUCAUUUAACGGAUGAAGAAUAUGAGUACUAUAAAGAGGCCUUCAAUCUAUUUGAUCGGGAUGGAAGCGGUGCAAUUGAUCUUGAGGAACUGGGAGCGGUCAUGUUGAGCAUCGGACUACAACCCACACAGGAGGAGCUGUUGAACAUGAUUGAGAAAGUCGACGAAGAUCAUACCGGAACGGUGGAAUUCGACGAAUUCCUCCAAAUGUCUCACGAAUGGAUGAUCCAAGGUCGCCUUGAGACCACCGAUCAAAUUCGCGAGGCCUUUGACCUCAUGGAUAUGGAUGGUAAUGGAUAUAUAUCCGCCGCAGAUUUGGCACGUGUGCUGGAAGGAUUGAACGAGGACAAGUCUGAUGAGGAAAUGCUGGAUAUGAUUAAAGAGUUUGAUUUAGAUGGUGACGGGCAAGUCGGAUUUGAUGAGUUUAUGGCAUUAAUCACCGAAAAGUAAAGAAUUAGUAGCGUC